UAAAGGCCACGGCGUAGUGCUUUACUACAUUGGCGGUGAGGUCUUCGCGGAAUGCCUUAGCGACAGCGCCAUUUUCGUCCAAUCUCCAAACUGCAAUCACAUGAACAACUGGCAUCCAGCCACCGUCUGCAAAAUUCCACCAGGUUGUAAUCUUAAAAUAUUCAACAAUCAGCACUUUGCCGCUCUAUUGAAGGAAAGCGUAAACAAUGGAUUUGAAGCAGUCUAUGCUCUGACCAAUAUGUGCACCAUUCGAAUCAGUUUUGUCAAAGGAUGGGGCGCCGAGUAUAGACGCCAGACCGUCACCAGUACUCCCUGUUGGAUAGAGCUCCACCUGAAUGGUCCACUCCAAUGGUUAGACCGAGUACUCAGUCAGAUGGGUUCACCCAAUCAUCCAUGCACUUCAGUCAGCUAG